AUGGUCCACCUGCGCUUGAACGAACGCGAAACGAAUCCGAACCCUCACAUCAACUUCAUCUCUGCUCUUCAUGCUCACAGCGAAGAGGACCGGGAGAGCGCUAGACAGCUGCUACUCGCCCUUGCCGCUCAAGUGCGCCCCGUCAUGAAAGAUCAUGGCUUCGCUGUGAACAGUCUGGAAGAGUACGAGCACAACAAGGUCUUUCUAGGCAGAAAUUGGAACGCUGGAGAGACGAUAGAAGAGCUCGUUCUACGAAGACCGGACGGCUCGUUCAUGCCAACUCACUUCAUCAUGAGUACCCUUUGCCAUGAACACAUGAACCACGGGCCCGACUUCCAAAAGCUUUGGAAGCAGCUUCGCAUCGAGGUGCGUAGCUUGCAAGACCGGGGCUAUUACGGGGAUGGGUACUGGUCCUCCGGCACCCGCCUCGGCGACUCGGCCCAAAUAGAGGGUCAGGGCGUCGCAUCGAGCGAGUACAUGCCUGAGUAUAUGUGCGGCGGCGCCCAAUCCCGGACACGGCCAACCGCCAUACGGCGUCGCCGCGGUGGGCCCCGCCGCCCUCGAGAAACCGUCGCCUCCCUCCACACCGGCCGGCAGACGGCGAAGAGGCGCAAGGCGGGCGCGCGGGUGACAUCGAAGUAUGCCUUCGAAGGUGAAGGCGCGACGCUGGGUGAAGCGGGCGGGAAGGGCGCGGGGUUCAGAAAGCAGGCUGCCAGGUGGCACUAUAGCAAAUCAGCCCGCGAGGAGCGCCUGGCAGCGAUCGAGAAGAGACUGCGGGGAUUGCAGGGGUCGGCUGCUUCCACCACCCCUCCGGAACCAUCCCCAGACGUCCUUGAAAUCGACUCCGACUCCGACGAAGAGGACCGCAUCGAGGAGACUGAUUACGAGCGCCGGCAACGACUCAAAGAGGCUGAAGAUGGGGGUGAUGGAGUAGAAGGAAUCAUCUCGUGGGACGACUACGCAGACGACUUCAUCUUUGGGAAGCCCGGCGGCUCGGCGACCGAUCCCACCGGCCCUUCUCCGCCGGCAUCCUCGUCGACGCGGACCCCCACUUCCAAGUCGACGCGGACCCCUACUUCCAAGGCCUCGGGAUCCGCUACGAAGGGCAAAGCCCCCGCCUCCAUCGGCCUCGGGAAGCUCGUCCAGAGCGAGAUUGACCUGCGGGAGAAGGAAGCCGUCGGCUUAGCACCCGUCAAGAACGAGGCGACGCGCAAGCUGGGUGGCAGGCCGCAAGCGAGGAAGGGCGAGCGCGCUGAAUCAAAAUGGUCUUGUUUGGCUUGUACUUUCAUUAAUGCCCCUGGCCAUCUCGCGUGCAGUAUUUGCGCAACACCGAGAGGAGGAAGUCUUGCAGCAUAG